AUGGAGAGCAGUAUCAAUGGAGCAGAUCAGAACUUUUAUGCUAGGCGCCCUGUUGCAAAUCAACAUCAUCCUCACUCCACCACUACCACCACCGACUUGCCCUCUCCCGAAAAGCCUCACCUACUUCUCCAACAACGCACCUACGACCCACCACCGCUCCCAGACUUCGACGCACCUUCACCGCAAUCUCAAUUGCCUCCCGAGCUCCCUUUCCUCACAACUGAGAAUCUGCAAGCUGCCACAGCAAAUGGAUAUAACGCUGCAGGUGCCUUGACCGAUGGGGAUGACCCGGCCGAAUUCUACAGAGAAUAUCGCGGUGUACAGCAGCCUCCGAACGGCUACACAGAUACGACAAACGGCAUGGCGACUACCGACACGAGACCGACUCCCUCCUCGCUGAGGUCGAAUGGGAAUGGCACAACUGCGAAACACCCCCCGAUCCCCGCACGAGGAGUCAAGACUUCCUAUCGUUCCGCAUCCUCUCCCCUCGACGACAGAAUGCCUUUGAGCUCCGCCAAAUCGUCACCAGCCCUGAAUGGCAUGCCUAGGCAUGGGAAGAGUGUUAAGGAUCUACUGAGACAAUUCGACCAGAAUAAUGAACCAUCGAGCUCAACAGUCCGCAAACCGGCCUCUCGCCUGGUCACGAAGAAUGGCGCAUCGGGUUCCCCUUACAUGAAGGAUCGAAAUGGAAACGUGAGUCGCACGACGGGCAUUUCUCAAAACACAUCAAUAUCAUCACGAGCUGGCACGUCUACGAGAGAUGGAGCCGGACGAAAAUCCCCGGAGAAAACGAGGACGACCCAGAGAACACGAUUUGCAACAGAAGACCAAGAAUCGAAUAAUAUCCUCUCGGGUGUACCCCGCCCAACUCGUUCGCGCAACCCAGUGUCGGGGAGUAGCUUCCAAGCUUCCAAGUCCAUGACCAACCUCUCACCCACCUCGCCAACCUCGCCAGACUCCAACCUCCCCCCACAAACGCCCGCGAGACGACCUCUGUUCGGGGAAGUUCUACCUGCUGGACCGGGUUCAGAUGAUAUUGGUUAUGGUAUCCCCCAUGUCGCAACUCACAGAACUUCUGAUUCUAAUUUACAUCCAAAUUCGCAACGCCAACGGAGUCGCUCUGAAGUGGAUGUUUCGCCCUCUUCUCCCACUGCUUGGUAUCUCGGUGUCACACAUACCCUGGACGAUGUUGAACCAAACAGACAGCUCCGCCCCUUACACGGUCAUAAUCGAAACCACAGCGAUUUCGCAGACCCCAAGGCAAACCCAAUGAAUGGCGUGAGUCCAGAUUUCGAGAGCCCAGUUAUACCAAGUCUCCCGAAACAGUCUAAAAGGCAAAGCUCUCGCUCUCGCUUACCUAAACCCUCCAAGAGACUAAGUAACUCAUCCGAAUCCUCGAGUCAGACCUCGACUCGGGCUAGCUCGCCUUUGACGACUAAGUCCUACUCGAAUGGAAAAUUGCGAAAGGCUGAACAGAGACCGUGGAGCCCUGCAACCCACUCGACAAAUACACUUACGCAAAGAUCUCCCCGGGGCAAGGUAACGAGAGCUGAACCUGCGCCGAGUGGAGCGAGUCUCAAUGCUUACAUUUCUGCCCCUCCACCCAGAACAUCCCCACCUCUGCGAAGCUCUCGGCCACGACAAUCAGUCUCGGCAACUAAUAAUUCAAAGCAAAAAGCAAGCGCCUCACAGCAGGUCCCCACUGGCAUGAAAAUCACUCGCAGUAAUGGCCCACCAGGAUUUGAUGAUCCCCAGCCUCGAAAGAUAAGUGUCGGACCAGUUAAUUUUGAGGAGCGGAGAAUUAAGAUAAAAAGAGCUUAUACCAAGUCGAUCCACGAGAAUGAGAAGAACAGAAUAUGUGCGGAAAACUUAAGGCGUCUGCAGGAGAGAACUGCGCGGGGCUCUCCCGAAGCGGAUAAUAAGGACUCCAAUGUAUCACAGUCAAGACCAGAAACUCCUCCACCAGUACCUGCAAUAGGCCACCAACCGAACUUUGGAAGCUCACCACCGCCUCUUCAAACAUCACCCACGCCUUGUCAAACCUCACAGCAGCCCUUGCAAAUAAGUACUACAUUCUUCAAUGAUCCGUCCCCCCUGGAAAGAAACGUCAUGGAGUUUCAAGAUUCCCCAACACUUGGCAUGCCUGGUAGUUUCGUUGAUGAUGACGAGCCACCACAAUCUGCAAUAUCGAAUACGACUGCAAUCACCGAAAUUGAAAACGAACCCCAGACAGAAGUUGCACGGUUGAGGCGACUACCCUCGAGCAGGCUAUCAUCUAAUGUUCUUUUUGUUCUAGAUGAUUUAAGCCCAGAGCAGGCUUUAUACGGCAUCGGUCAGGAUGAAAAGAUCGACGUUAAACUUGCUACCACUCCUAUUGAAGAAGCCGAGUCGACUCCAACAGAAGAUGUUGUAACUCGCUAUCCUUCGCCGCCGGGUGCUUUCCAGGAUGGACUUGAUGAGCUAGUACACAAAACUAACUUGCCUAAUAUGAGUCCGGACGCAACAUCAGCUGCGCCGUUGAGACCUGCCCCAAUCCUUGAGUCUGCUGAUGAGCAAGGGUCCAGCACGGCCGAGCACCCAAAAGAGCCGACUAUUGCCGAUGAGCCUACCAUUCCUCAAAUUCAGGGCCCUCCCGAAAUUUACUUGCCUGACGAGGCUGGAUUCACCAGCGUUGAUGACAAGGCUGAUCCUCCUCGGCUUCCGCUUCCCGAUUUACGGACAGCCUUAGCGCCACCAUCAGUAGCCUCAAACGAAGGUGGAAAUGACUACUUGAAUACACCAGUGACAGAUAUGGAUUAUGAGAGCUCGGAUGGCGUAGGAGCUACAAAUCUGAGCGAGCAAGCGUAUCAAACGUCUUACGAAACUAGUCGCGACCCUAUUCCAUAUUCGCGCGGUCAUCGUUCAAGCCAUCAAUCGUCGUGGACGGAUUAUUCUGUUGACUCGACACUAGAUUUUGCUGAACAGGCAGAACGUCAAAAGUCACCGCCACCAGUGAGUGUAUUUAACAAAGACCUUCGAGCUGUGUCGCCUAUUGUUCCACCAAAGCCCGAGGGCUACAGUCCCCAACCGUCUCCUCGUCCGUCUCCUCGCCCGUCUCCUCGCUUCUCCAUCACCUCUCCUUCAAUUAGUAGCCCAAAUCACGCUCAAGAACCGGCGUUCUCAGCACAUGAUGACUUUGGUAUCGGAUUCAAGGAGCCAAUCACCAGCGUACCUUUAUGGCCAGAGUAUGCACCACCUCCAGUCCCACAAAAGUCGUUGCCGUUGCCCCCGAAUCGCGAGCCACCUCCUCCAGUUACGCAUAACGAACCGCCCCGCGCAAGUGUUGACCACCCCCGUCAUAUUGAUGCUAGCCAAUCUCGAAGAUCAAGCAAUGAUAUUUACUCGCCGAGACCUUCUAUAUCCACCCCACGCUCAAGUACGCAAAUUUCGACCGAGGAUGUUGCGAAUGCAGCAUUCGGGAAGAAGCAUGCAAUUCCGGAAACUGAGUCUGAGCGAGAGGCAUCCGAAAAGUUGACGAAGCGCUUGUUCCAACGAAGGAAGGCGAUGGAAGAAUUGAUCUUGACGGAGUCUAAUUAUCUGAAAGACAUGAAUGUAGUUGAGGAGAUAUACAAAGGUACGGCUGAAGCGUGUCCGAAAUUGGAGCCCGGCGAUAUCAAAACGAUCUUCAGAAAUACCGAUGAAAUUGUCGCAUUUACCACUACCUUCCUUGAUGAAUUAAAAACUGCGGUGGCACCCGUUCUACCUCAGCGUGCGCCCAAGUCGAGAUGGAGCAGGGCAGGUAACGCAGAAUCGCCCACUCCAACAGCGUCUGAUAGAUUCUCGGUCGCUGCCACGUUAAAUGACUUGAGCGAAGAACAAAAGGACCGGCGGACAUCUGUUGGGGCUUGCUUUGGGAGACAUCUUAAGAAGAUCCAAGCAGUCUACUCUGACUUUUUGAAGAAUCAAGAAGUGGCCAGUUCCCGCCUAACAAUCCUUCUAACAGAUGGCUCGGUUAAAGUCUGGCUGACCGAAUGCGACACCGUUGCCAAGGACCUGACAACAGCAUGGGAUCUAGAUGCGCUACUUGUGAAGCCGGUUCAACGAAUCACCCGCUACCAGCUUUUUAUGGCUCAAUUACUUAAAGAUACCGAUGUCGAUCACCCAGACUACCCAUAUUUGACCGCUGCGAAUAGCGACUUAUUACUGAUAAUCAAUAACAUUAAUGAACUCAAGAAGCGGAUUCAUAUGGUCACAGAGAUUGUCGGCCGCAAGCGCAAGGAAUCCAACGUUCGAAAAAUGAGAGGGGUUUGGCCAAAAGGCCCUAAAAAGGAUAAGGACGAUAACCCAAAUCAGCUGACUUCAACUGGGACGGAGGACGAUCCAGUCUAUCUCAAGCUUCACGAAAGGUAUUGUGACAAUUAUCUUCGCAUGCAGGUAGUUCUUCGGGACGUUGAGUUUCAUGUACGGCAAUGUAUCACCAAUGUUAGUGAUGACCUGAGAUAUAAAUCGGCGAUGGAGCUUAUUAUGCGCUUGAGUGCGAGUCCUUGGCCGGAGAUAGAAAGCAAGUGGGCUCGGUUUAACAUGUCCAUGAGGGAUAUGGGAACUGUAGCUUUAGACCAACACACUGGAGCCAUCCGAACCCAAGUAAUCGAGCCUUUUGAGAAGACUAUACAGCUGUACGGACCACCUGGGCUUGCCAUGAAGAAACGCACGAAACGACGUGCCGAAUACGAGAAGAUUUCUGCGGCUAAGAAUUCUGGAUCCAAGAUCACAGAGAAGGACCAAGCCAAACUAGAGCAAUACGAAGCACUGAAUGAAACGCUCAAACUUGAGUUACCCCAGUUGUUCGAGAAGACCGAGGAGAUUGCAAACCUCCUUUUGGGUCAUUUCAUUUGUAUACAAGCGCGGUGGUAUGAUGUUUGGCAAAAGAAGGUGAGGGUUGUCUUGGAAGAAAGUCAGAUCCCCAAGGAUAUUGCAGAGAUUGUUAGUGCAUUCAACAGGGACUACAAGUUCGUUGAAAACAAAGCUCAAGCAUUGGGCAUUGUCAAUGGUACCAUGAACUUUGAAGAAAGGGUUCCCAGCUCAGGAAAAGCAUCGACAGAUACAACCGAGAGGAGCAGGAAAUAUUCGGAAAGGAAGCCACGUCCGUCGGAUCUUUCAAGUCGCUCUCGCGGGCUGUCGGUGACUAGCGAUCAUUCCCCGAGUCUUCCGACUCCAGAUUUCGCCAAGCGUCUAAGCGGCAGCCAGUUCACAUUCUCCCCAAUAUCUGCAACUACGCCAAAUAUUCCUCAGUUUGCAUAUCAAAACCAAUCAUACCAAGGCCAGCCGUAUUCAACAACUCACUCUCGCCAAGGUUCUGGAUCUCCAGCCACCCCUGAUGUUCGACCAGGUCUGGGUCGGCCAAGCACGAGCCGUAGCUUUACGUCGGAUAAUGGUGGCAUGCGAAUGAGCAAUGAUUACAACACGCAGUAUCGACGGGAAUCUGGUUCAACUUCUUACUCCCACCAUCAGGAUGGACCAUCCAUCUCAUCUCGUCCUUAUUCUGGUAUCUUCCACUCGGCAAUGCCUCUUCCCGAUGGCCCUGAAGACAGCGCGCGGUCUUCACGUGCUUCAUCACGAGAUCGAAAUGUCGCAGGUGGCUACAACGUUCUGUACCUCGCCGCCAGUUUGUUCGAAUUCAACAUUGCUGCCACGAAGUCUGAAGCUGGAUACCCUUACUUAACGUAUCAGGCGGGCGAGAUCUUUGAUGUCAUCGGCGAAAAAGGCGAACUCUGGCUCGCCAAAAACCAAGACGAUCUUUCAGAACAAGUCGGUUGGAUCUGGAGUAAACAUUUUGCUCGUUUAGCAACUGAUUGA